ACCUAAACCCUAGCCAUUUACAAAUAACCCAUUGCUGAACCGACUAUUGGUCCUCCAUUUUUUGCCACUCUUACAGCGGCGAAGUAGAUCUUCGUGUUAUCUUCCGCUCACCGAAUCAAAGUGAAAUAAUGGUUAGGGUUAGUGUGCUGAAUGAUGCUCUCAAGAGCAUGUACAAUGCUGAAAAGAGGGGAAAGCGUCAGGUCAUGAUUCGACCUUCCUCAAAAGUCAUCAUCAAGUUCCUCAUUGUCAUGCAAAAGCAUGGUUACAUUGGAGAAUUUGAGUAUGUCGAUGAUCAUAGGUCUGGAAAGAUAGUUGUUGAGCUGAAUGGAAGGUUAAACAAGUGUGGUGUCAUUAGUCCUCGCUUUGAUGUUGGAGUAAAGGAGAUUGAAGGAUGGACUGCUAGAUUACUCCCUUCCCGUCAGUUCGGGUACAUUGUGCUGACAACUUCCGCUGGUAUCAUGGACCAUGAGGAGGCCCGCCGAAAGAAUGUUGGUGGAAAAGUUCUCGGUUUCUUUUAUUGAGUUUGUUAUGUUGACAAGGAUGAAAACUUCGUUUCUGCUGUUUGUUGGCUUUUUACAGUAAAUUAGCUACUUUUUUGUUGGGUUCAUAUCAAUUUUAGUAGGGAUUUUAUUGAAAUUUUGGAGACAAUUAUCAGCAUUUGUUGACAAAAGAUGUUGAUGCUUUUUGUGAACUGUGUGGUAUGUCUAAUGACAUCCUGGUUUGUUGGCGA